GGUCUCCGGAGCAGAGCAGGGCCUCUCCGGAAAGGAAGAGCCCCAGCUCGCCUGUGUGUAAAGUUGAUAAACCACGACCACCAUCUUCAAGCCCUUCCAGUAUUGCUCGCCGUACCCCAUCACUGGAUAUACUUGCUGCACCCUACCUUGCUGGACAAUGGCCCCGUGAUAAUCAUGGGCAAGCCACCCCUUGCAUGAGGGACAAAGCCACCCAGACUGAAAGUGCUUGGGCUGAAGAAUACUUGGAAAAGAAGAAAGGAUCUCAUAAGCGUUCAGCAUCUUGGGGCAGCACAGACCAACUGAAAGAGAUUGCCAAGCUACGUCAGCAGCUGCAAAGGAGUAAGCACAGUAGUAGGCAUCAUCGGGACAAGGAACGGCAGUCUCCAUUCCACGGUAACCAUGCAGCUAUUAACCAAUGUCAGGCUCCUGUUCCAAAGAGUAUGCUAGUCCCAGUGAUGCCAAUCGCCAAGUCCACUGGGUCACGUUUCCGUAACAGCAUAGAGGGGCUGAAUCAAGAGAUUGAAAUAAUCAUAAAGGAGACAGGAGAGAAAGAAGAACAACUUAUUCCACAAGAUAUUCCAGAUGGGCAUCGAGCACCACCCCCUUUGGUGCAGCGCAGCAGCAGCACCCGCAGCAUCGAUACGCAGACUCCUGGGGGAGCCGAGAAGGGCAGCAACAGCGGCAGCAGACCCCAGUCCGUGUCCCCCAGCUCCUUCCUGGCCAUCUCUCAUGAGGGCAGUGAGGAAAGCCCAUGCUCUGCCGAUGACCUGCUUGUGGACCCCAGAGAUAAAGAAAAUGGAAACAAUUCUCCCUUACCCAAAUAUGCCACCUCACCAAAGCCCAACAACAGCUACAUGUUCAAACGUGAACCUCCUGAGGGCUGUGAGAAGGUGAAAGUGUUUGAAGAAAGCUUGCCAAAGCCCUUGCAUGAGAUUCCAGCAUUUUACUGUCCUGACAAGAACAAAGUAAACUUCAUUCCAAAAAGUGGCUCCGCUUUCUGCCUUGUCAGCAUCCUCAAGCCACUCCUUCCCACACAGGAUCUUACGCUCAAGGGUGCUGCCCACAACCUGACCGUCACGUCUGGUAUGACGCCGGCUCUGCUGCAGCCCAUUUCUGUGGCCUCCCUGACAGCAAGCACAGACCAAGAGCGGCUUUCUCGUGCUACAAACAAAGUCAUGCCACAGCUGUCUGUGCUGCAGCAGUCAGGACACAGUGAAGAAACUGAAGGAUAAACUUGGCUUCGUUAACUUUUGAAAAUUUUGUUGAAGUUAGCUGUGAUUAAGCCUUCAGAAUCGCAUCUGUUUGCAUCAUAAUUGCUGGCAAUUCCAUAAACAAGUCCUAACUAGUAUCUUGAUCUCCACAACCACGACUGUUAGCGUGGUAGGGGAUCUAAGAAAGAAGUGGUGGAAAAACAGUUACAUGAGUCUUGAGAAGGCUCAAGUUCAAUCUCUGCCUGCACUUUUUUAAAAAAGCUUUGGUACAAAAGGAAAAUUGAUACCCGCACUUCUUUACAAUUGGAGGAACCACUUUUUCCUGAUGCCUUGGGUCCCAGUUUAAACUUUUAAACAAGGAAAAAAAUCAAGACAUACCAGCUCUUAGCAAAGGAUUUGCAAGGGAAAAACAAGCAAAUGACACUGCAAGGCCUAUUCGUAGAAAAAAAUUACGAAUCUGGAGUGGGGUUUAAUGCACUGUGGAGAGUAUCAUGAACACACUUUUCUUGCCACAUCAGUUCUGCCAUUCGGACCAAAGGAUCAAAACGUUCCAGUGUUCUCUCGUUUGAUCCACUCGAUUUCCCUCCUUCUCCCAGAUAAGCUUAACAUCAGGCUAAAAAGAAAAGCAAUAUUGGUAGAUAUUUGUUGGGUGUGGGGUAAAAACAUGCAUAGAAUCACCUGUCUGGAAAUCAAAUUUGAGAGCCAUUCUGCAAAUACUAUAACGAGCUGUUUUCAGUCUUGUGUUUCAGAACUGUAUUCCCUUCCUCUCUCCCCAGAACUGCCAACUAAAUGUCACAUCAGUGCCUCUUGGGAGACCUUGGUUUCUUGUGUCACUGUCAAAAUCUUGAAUUGCCUUUGACAUAUACUGAUCUUGUCAUGUCUUGACACUGUACUAUAUAAACCCUGUAGUCAUAUGAUCUUGAAAUGGCCAUGCAUGGUUCUUCCUGCUUGUCAAAGUACUGUUUUGUGGGUCUGUUGAGGGUAAGCGUUUGUCAGGCAUGAUGUUUGUAAACACAGAUUAUUUCAGUGGGCAUAGUCUCCUUUUUGACUAGCAAUAUUGUUAGAAUGUUAAGCGAAGAACUGUUUGAUUCUUAGUAUUGUUCUGCAGAUGUGACACAUUUCAUUUCUUUUGUGAUCCUUUUAUCAGAUUAUAAUUGUGUAAUGAUCAAAAAUAGGAAGAAAUCGAUGUUACUAAAUUGCUUGUGAAGGGUUCUGAACUCAUCUGGUUUCAAGAGUGUUUUUACUGAGAUGAAAUCAAUAGCACAGCGUGUGCUAGAGCAGCUGCUUAGAGGCUGAAUUUCAAAACAUCUCUGAAGUUGCAAAUUUCGUGGCAGGUGGGCUAAGUAAUUUCAGAUCAGUGGGAUUGUGGAUACAAAAUUGAUCAGAAUGAACUGGGCAAACCUAUGCAUUUAAGAAAAAGUUACCUCGAAACAGUCACACUUCCCUGGUACCUUCAAACGAACAGAAGUAUUUGCAGCAUCAGUGUGACUCACUUUGGACUAGGCAUGGCAGCACUCGGGUGCCAGCCGUCUUUUCUUCAUUAGUUUGAGGUAGGUUGUACCUUCUUGGGUUUUUCAUUCAUUUUUGCUUGCUUUAUGCACCAUCUCCUGUGUUUACUUGUUGUUUCCAUUAUGUUUUUAAAACGGUGUUGUCGAGGUAUACGUUUCUACACAGCUAGGCAACCCCUGGGUCUGUCAAACAAAGUGGUGAGCUUUGACUCACAAAUGGUUAUGCUACAGUAUAUGUGUUAGUCUUUAAGGUACCUCAAGAUUUAGUUGUAUUUGCUGCAAUGGAUUAACAAGGCUAUGCCUCUGGAAUACUUUUCAAAGUGUUAAUUGUUUUGUACCUUGGUCCUGUAUUGUCACUGUAUCUUUGUUCCUGCAGUGUUACUCUGCUUUCAAACAUAGUAAGUGUAGCAAGAUGGUUUCACCCCCAUUCCAUGGAUUUAAUUGCUGGCAUAUCAAGUCCCAGGACUACCUGUUUUGUUGCAUUCAGCACUCAGAUUAAGAGAGCAGAGCUUUUGUUCAGUCAGAAGCAAAUAUGCUGGAUGCUGGCAAAUAAUAUCCUAGGAAAAACUAGGUCAUCUUUCAAAUGAUGUCAUAGAUCUGUUGUAUCUGACUUUUGUAGACCCCCAUCAGGUUUCUUACUAAUGUUCCGGCUUUGUGAAACAUGGGUAGGUGAGCUGCUUUUAUGGAGGGGAGAGACUUGCAUUUUGUUUAAACCUGCUUUUCAUAUUAACUUCUCCUGUCAAAGAGCAACUUAUUGUUGCUUGACUGUGGUAACCUCAGGAAAUCUUUCUAUUCUCCAACUUGGUGUAAGAGAGGCAUCCCAUGGGGGGGGUCGUCUCCCCACUGUGUCCGACAAAAGCAGAGGCCACACAACCAAGCAGCUGAGCUACCUCUUGCUUCCACGCUCUGCCAUGCCAGGUUGCCCUUGCUUUUUGCUCAGGACAGAAAGCUUUUUUGUGCCCUCCACCUCCCCAUCUGCCGUCUUCAAAUUCCCAUUCCAACUUUCAGCCAUCUUCCCUUGUGAAACCUGUCAGGGGCACAGCACACUCAAGUCAGCGGCCUCUUUGGUGGCCUGAAGUGCCAACAUGCCCUUAGCAGAAAUGUGCAAGGCCGUGACCUGAGCAAAUUCAAGUUCUUUCUCUGGAUGUAAUGAAAUCGACACAUGCAGGCUGGUGUACGCUUUGCAGGGGGAAUUCUGCAGGCACUUAAACUGGAGAUUACUUCACCCAAAAUUCCGCUCCCACCUCAACUGGAUAUUAGUUUUAUCAUAUCCCACUGUGGGAUGCCUUCCCCAUACCAACCCAAAGCAUGGAACAUUGGUGCUUAUUGCAAAGGCUUUUCCUGGGUAACAGUGCAGAAGACAACCCAACACACCGUAUGAUUUUUAGCAAACCUACCUUGUCACCAUGGAUAAGGUUAUGUCUCUGCAUCUACCGGUCAUACCUUUUGAUGGAACACUAAUAAUUGUAAUGCAGUAUUUUCUGCUUCUCUGUGUGUCUCAUUUUUACCCCAACAAGAUCAAUCGGUACACUUUUCUUUUGAGCUAUAGCCAUGGAUAGAAGUGACAAGGAACCAUGGGAUACUCAAAAGUGUAGUUAUGUGGCCCCCAUUUUUCCUGGACAUCUGUGAGAUGUCUUCCAUGCAACAAUGAAGAAGGAACCUUUUGGUAACUACUAAUGUUCCUGUUAGGUACUUAAAAGCCAGAUUUCAAUUUGGAAUUUUAUAACAAUUUAGGCCCUCAAAAUUCCUCAUGAUUCAUUGUUUUAAUGGCUUGCGCUAAGAGGUGCUUUGAUUACAGUAAAAUAUGUUCAGUGCAAAGCUUCUUUAAUGUGAUUUUUUUCUGCCUUCACUUCUGCUGGAACAAAGAUGAGUGACCGGUGACCCUCAAGGCACUUCAGGCUGGUCUCCAGGUGUGUAUUAAAAAGCUGACACUCCAGCUUAAAGGAACAGUGUUUCUUUGCUCUCGUGGUUGUUAUAACUUGAACAAAUAAUGGAAAAAUGAAGUUGAAUUGCAUACCAUAAGCAGCAAAUAUUUAUCUGGUAAAUUUCCCCUUAAAAGCAAAUGAGCUGCUUGACUGAUUUGCACCAGCAAGGUAUUGGCUGCCCACAGCAAGUAAGUUGCUUAGUAUUCUUUAGCAUGGAGUUCUCUGAAGUUUGGUUUAAUGCUUAGCUACCUGGUCUGGUUUGCCUUUAUUUCUCUGUGACAUCAGAGCAAUUAAGCCAACCAUUGCAAGAGCUGGGAAGUUAAGGAGGAGGUUACUAGAAGAAGUUAAAAGUACAAGAAGGGGAACCUUAUCGAAGAAUUAAAAUCCAGCUUUAGCUGGUUCAAAAUACGGAGACCAAAUUCAUUCUUUUCAGCUGUCAUGAUUUCCAGGUUUGUAUAUAAAGGUAAUUGUGAUGUAAUUUUGUCAAAUCAGUGGUGGGUAUGUAUCUUUUUGAGAAAUACGCUAUUUGUGCCAUGUUUUAUACAUGAUCAGUAUGAUGCAAAUCUGUCUGUGUGUGCCAUGCCCAGGUCCCCUGCCACAUUAAGAGGGUGAUGGAGGAAGGAGGACACAGGCAAAGCCUCUAAGCUACUUCUUUAGCCCACAACUUGGCUUGGAGAGGAGUGCAGCUUCCAUUUGCCACCCUUCAAACCUGCUUAGGUCUGUGGGAAAACUUCCCCCUUUUUACAGCUCCACAAGGGACAGGAGAGGGGCUGGGUACUCUCGGAAAUGCAGCUACAGAGAAAGAGGGAGUAGGGCAAACACUUACUUUCUAUAUAUUUCCGCUUCUUAACUGUUUCCAAACUAGGAAAUCGCUUGGAGAGGGGAGUAAGGGAAUGGUUGCUUUCUUCUAAUCCCAGCUCAGAUGAAGAAGGAGAAAGGCCUGGGGGGCUGGGGAAAUAGAUCCUUCUGUAGUCAUGGGCAAGUGAAAGAUUCCUAUCACUGGAUUCACCCAAUCUUCCUGAUGAUGAUAUAGGAGAGCUAGAAUGGGCCUACAGGGCCAUUAACUCCAACCCCCUGUCCAACACAAGAUACCAGGUUGAAGCAUUCCCCUUAGAUGGCUGACCAGCUGUCUCUUGAAUGCCUCCAGUGUGGGAGAAACUCCCAGCUCCCUGGGUAACUGUUUCCAUUGCCAUAGUACUCCAACAGGAAGUUUUUCUUGAUGUCCAGCCAGAAUCUGGCUUCCUGUA